ACGCCUUUGGAAUCUAUAUGGCGAAUGCUUCAACGUAUUUUAUCCUGUGCUUUUAUUGUCUUUCACUGGUAUCUGCCUUUGCUCUAAAAAGAAACAAAUACAACCGAAACUGCUUAUUUGUAGAUUAGGGUUAACAGAAGUGAUAUAAUUUCGUUCCCAACUUAGCAGUAGUAAAGCAUUACUAUCAGACACAGCUUGUAACGCUAUCUAAGCAUAAAACGCUGCAAUUGAGAUGUACGUUGAGGACUUGGCUGCGUGGUAUUAAUAAGCGAAAGCCGAUACAGAGUUCCAGCUAGAUGGAAAUGAUAAAGGUUUCAUUGCGUAAAAAAAGUGUCUACAAGAACGCGAACGGAGGAGGGGAAGUUCAAUGAUGGUGAAGGAUGCUAUCUGUGAUGCAUUGUGAUAAUGAAAGGCAGGAAGUGAAUGAAUUUGACACUGUUUGUAAUUAUUGCUAAAGGUCUACAAGGCAGUUAUCACAGUUUUCUAUUUUUUUUUUACAUAUUAGAUGAUGUACAUUUAUCAGCAUUGGAAAUGAGUACAAUAUUUGGAAAGUUCUUCCCAAAGACACGCCCAUCUGCUGAUGGUGUUUCUGAAAUUGGUUUACCAACAAAUGUUCAGCAUGAAUUUCAUGUGAGCAGGAAUGAGGAAACAGGGCAAUUGGAAGGUCUUCCUACACCAUGGUUAAAGUUACUGAAUACUCAAAUAACAAAGAAAGAGCAAAAUGAAAAUCCAGGAGCUGCAAUCCAAGCCAUAAAAUACUAUAACUACUCAAUUAAGAAGAAGCCUAAUGAGACAUUCAAACCACUUGUCACAGAAGAGGCCAUAAAAGAAGAAUCAGAAGAAAUUGAAAAAAUAUUAGGACAGAAUAAACAUGAGAAAUCUUCAUGUCAGAAUAAGGAGGCACCAUCUCUCAAGGAAGGACUUGGAACUCCCCCAGAGUCCAUUAAGGAGAAGAAAAAGCCUCCUGUACCACCUAAGAAACCAGCAAGACUUACUUUAAAGGACAGAGAUGAAGAGAGGAAAUGUUUAGAUGAUGCUCUUGAUGAGGCUUUGAAGAAUUUAGCAUUAGCUAAGGAUGCAAUACACAGUGAAAUUGGAGAUUUAUCAUUUCAUGCAGAAAGUAACAGUCCAAUACUAAGAAAGAAAGAAACGAUCACCCAUAAGAUGAGUGAUGAGGAAGUAUUUGCUGAAUUAAGGAGAAUAUGUCAUCCAGGAGAUCCUUAUAGAAGGUUUGAACGAAGCAAAGAAUUAGGUGCAGGAGCCUCUGGAACCGUGUUCAUAGCCACUGACACCAUUACCAAUCAUCGGGUGGCUGUCAAGGAUAUUGAUCUCUCAAAACAGCCCCGAAAGGAACUGAUACUAACAGAAAUAAGAGUUAUGAAGGAAUUUAACCAUGAAAACCUUGUCAAUUUCCUUGAUGCAUAUUUGAUUCAUGACCAUCUCUGGGUUAUAAUGGAGCUGCUUGAUGGUGGGCCACUGACUGAUGUUGUAACAGAGACUGUCAUGAAGGAGGGGCAGAUCGCAGCUGUGUGCAGAGAGGUGUUAAAAGCUGUGAAUUUUCUUCACCUGAAAGGUAUAAUUCAUCGAGACAUAAAAUCUGAUAAUGUCCUUCUUGGUAUGGAUGGAACUGUGAAAGUUACUGACUUCGGUUUUUGUGCCAAUAUUGUAGGAGAUGAGAAAAGACAGACGAUGGUAGGAACUCCAUACUGGAUGGCACCAGAGGUUGUUACACGGAAGCAGUAUGGAAAGAAAGUGGAUAUUUGGUCACUGGGAAUUAUGGCAAUUGAAAUGAUUGAAGGUGAACCUCCAUAUUUGAAAGAAACACCUCUGCGAGCCUUGUACCUUAUUGCAGCCAUUGGGCGACCAAAAAUACCACGAUGGAAGUCCCUUUCUCCUGAAUUUCAACAUUUUUUGGAUCGCUGUCUACAAGUGGAUGUGGACAAGAGGGCUUCUGCAGAUGAGCUUCUGAACCAUCCUUUUCUGAAGAACUGUAUGGAACUUGGCUCACUGACACCACUGAUACGGGCUGCUCAGAAGAUUCUUCGGAAGGCUUUGUAACAUUUGAAAAUGGCAUCACAUUAGAAUGUAGAUAUAGGGGAGCAAAUGGUAGCUAUUGCUCUCCCAACCUCUGAAUGGAGAAAAUAUGUGGAAAUGAGCAGUUUCAUGUUAAGUUAUGGCUAGCUCAGCAUCUCCAGCAUGCAGGAUAAAAGUAAGCUGCAUUAUUAAUUAUGAGUAAUUCUACUACAUUUGGACUCAGCAUAUUACAGAUACCUGAAAAAUACCUGCCCUCUAGCCUCUUGUCACAGCUUACUAAAUCUCUACAUACAAGACCUUAAUUCUGUAAAUAUAUGGUCUUGAAUAUACUGCUGUAUAACAGAUGAGUUCAGUUUUAAAAGUCUAGAAAGAUUUAUGGGAUUAUAAUUUUGCAUCCAUAGAACUCAAAAAGGACCUGAAACUUGACCCUCAACCCUGAACUUUAAAUCUGAAAGAGGCUACUGAGCAAGUUGUUUCAGGAACAUAAAAAGUCAUGGGAUUUGUAAGACAGUUUGAAUUGGACUUAACACUGAUGCCUAGUAUUCAUAAGUUACAUCCUGAAAGACAACUUUGCCAGUUUAUAGCUAAUUUGAUAUAUGAAAUCAACCCAACAACAUAGGCACCUAGCCUUAAAAUAUUACAUAAUCAAACUAGAGUACAUGUUGCCAUACUUUUUAGUAUUAGAAUAGGAAAUGAAUGGUUGGUGCUGUUAUCUUUAGUGUAGUCCAGCUCUUUGCUCAAUCAGUGGAGUAGCAUUGCUAACAUACUCUUCUAUACCAAAGACAAGAGGGUAACUAGUUUAAUUAGGGUUACUGCUACUGAUAUAAAUGGAACUCAAGUGCUUCCUGAUCUCGUUUAAAUUUAGAAAAGUUUUUUGAUGUCACAUGAAAUUUAUGUCCUUGAAAAAUGCCAUUUAUAGGUUACAGUUACUCUUCUAUCCAAACUUAAUGUUGCUAAAAAAAUUAAUGUAUUCUUACCUGCAGAUUUGUCUCUGCAGGGGAAGAACUGUAUUACCAAAAAUGUUUUAUUUUCUCAGAAGGAGAGAAAAGGGAUGCAGAAUAUUGAAAUAUGAUAUGCAAUCAGUUUUAGUGCAGGAUAUACACAUAACUCCCGAUACCAUGCUUUAAUUGUGACAUGUUACUGUGCCACGUAUGUGGUUCAGUGCAAGAAAAAAAGUUAGCGUUCCACAUUCAGAUUAUUAUUCAGUUCUGUACAUUGUCUAAGGCAGCAUUCAUGAUGAUACCAUAUAGUGGGGGGGCGUACUUAUUUUAGCAUUUGCUUCUGUGCAAGUCAGUUUUCCACGUUCUUACAAAUUUUAGUCACACUACAUUAUUGUUUCUCAAAUGUGGAAGUACUUAUAUGAAAAGAGAGACCAGUCUUUCUUUACCUUGUUAAAUGAUAGUUUUAUGUCCCACAUCAAAUAGAACAGUUUGGAAGAUAAAAAUUGUUCUCUUGACAGAUUCCUCUACCUAAAUUCCAAGUCUGUUAGAGACAAAAUUGAAGGCUAUUUUUAGCAGUUGUGUUAUUUCAGUUACAGGGCACUAAAAACAUAAAACUUCUGUAGAUGCAGAAUAUACCGUAUU